UAUUUAUGUUUUGAUUUGGUUUUUAAUGUUCUUUAAAAUUUGCAAGUUGGCAGCACCGUUUUCAAAAGUAUCUGUUGUAUCGAUACUGCGAUAUAUUUUUUUUUUACAUCACUAAAUCACACAAAUUGCAUCGUUUUCGCAUUGUCUCCGACGUUUUCCACACGCUGUUCUUUUCUGUAAACUGUAAAUUGAUCCAGAAGAAGGUCAGACGAUCGGCUCAGGACUAUUUCAACAAGAACAAACCGCUGAUCAUCGCCGUCGCCGCCGCCGCCGUCUUAUCCAGCUCCUUCAGCGUGUCCCAGCGGGCGCAAACACGAAGCUAUCAAAAUUAACGCUGACACAACUGCCGAGCGACGCAGACGCGAACGCCGCUUCUAUUACAAAACCAUGGCAAUGGCAACGGCGGCCGCCACCACCACCACCAUGCUGACGUCGGAUGAGGCCAGCAAGUUGUUGGAUUUCACCCAAAAGCUGGACAUCAAUCUGCUGGACAAGAUUGUCGAGGUCGUUUACACAUCGCAGGGCGAACAGCUGCGGCUCGCCCAAGACAUAUUGACCACACUAAAGGAGCAUCCAGAGGCCUGGACUAGGGUGGACAGUAUACUCGAAUAUUCACAGAACCAGCAGACCAAAUUCUAUGCCCUCCAAAUACUCGAGGAGGUGAUCAAGACACGCUGGAAGGUUCUACCACGACAGCAAUGCGAGGGUAUUAAGAAAUAUGUUGUCAGUCUGAUCAUUAAGACCUCCUCGGAUCCGGCUAUAAUGGAACAGAAUAAGGUCUAUUUGAAUAAAUUGAAUAUAAUUCUGGUGCAAAUCUUGAAGCGGGAAUGGCCACGCAAUUGGGAGACCUUCAUUAGCGACAUUGUUGGUGCAUCCAAGACGAAUGAGAGCCUUUGUAUGAACAAUAUGGUGAUUCUAAAGAAUCUAAGCGAAGAAGUUUUCGAUUUCUCAUUGGGCCAAAUCACUCAGACGAAAGCGAAGCAUUUGAAGGACACAAUGUGCUCGGAGUUUUCGCAAAUAUUCACACUCUGCUCAUUUGUAUUGGAGAAUUCGAUGAAUGCCGCCUUGAUUCAUGUGACGCUGGAAACAUUGUUACGUUUCCUAAAUUGGAUACCACUGGGAUAUAUCUUUGAGACGGCGCUAAUUGAGACACUGAUCUUUAAAUUCUUAAGCGUACCCAUGUUCCGGAAUGUGACCCUAAAGUGCCUGUCCGAAAUUGCCGGUUUAACGGCCACGAAUUACGAUGAGAACUUUGCAACACUCUUCAAAGACACAAUGGUCCAGCUGGAUCAGAUAAUUGGCCAGAAUAUGAAUAUGAAUCAGGUGUUUCGUUGCGGUGCCGAUGUGGAACAGGAAUUAGUUCUCAAUUUGGCCAUGUUUCUGUGUACAUUCCUUAAGGAGCAUGGCAAACUAGUGGAGGAUGCGAAAUAUGUGGACUAUUUAAAUCAGGCACUCAUGUAUUUGGUAAUGAUCAGUGAGGUAGAGGAUGUUGAGGUCUUUAAAAUCUGUCUGGAAUAUUGGAACAGCCUGGUCGAGGACUUGUACAAUUCCGAAUACUUUCAUCCCACUCUGGAUUCUUCGCGGCGGCAACAAGUGUAUCCGCGAAGAAGGUUUUACGCCCCCAUCUUGUCGAAAGUGAGGUUUAUAAUGAUCUCAAGAAUGGCCAAGCCAGAGGAGGUGCUAGUGGUGGAGAAUGAGAACGGCGAGGUCGUUCGAGAGUUCAUGAAGGAUACAAAUUCCAUAAAUCUAUACAAGAAUAUGCGUGAGACUUUGGUGUUUCUGACGCAUUUAGACUGUAUGGAUACCGAUAGGAUUAUGACGCUGAAGCUUCUCAACCAAGUCAAUGGAAGUGAAUUUUCCUGGAAAAAUUUAAACACACUGUGCUGGGCCAUUGGCUCCAUUUCAGGUGCGUUCUGUGAGGAGGAUGAGAAACGUUUCCUGGUCACUGUCAUCAAGGACCUGCUUGGUCUUUGCGAACAGAAAAAAGGCAAGGAUAACAAGGCAAUUAUUGCAUCCAAUAUAAUGUAUGUGGUUGGUCAAUAUCCACGCUUCCUGCGAGCCCAUUGGAAAUUCCUUAAGACCGUUGUUAAUAAGCUCUUUGAAUUUAUGCACGAAACUCACGACGGUGUCCAAGACAUGGCCUGCGAUACCUUUAUUAAAAUAGCUAUCAAAUGUCGUCGGUACUUUGUCACCAUUCAGCCAAAUGAGGCGUGCACCUUUAUCGACGAGAUAUUAAGCACAAUGAGUAGCAUCAUCUGUGAUUUGCAACCACAGCAGGUGCACACCUUUUACGAGGCUGUGGGCUAUAUGAUCUCCGCUCAAGUUGACCAAAUGCAGCAGGAUGCUUUAAUCGAACGAUAUAUGCAAUUGCCCAAUCAGGUCUGGGAUGAUAUCAUAUCACGGGCAUCGAAAAAUGUGGAUUUCCUCAAAAAUAUGACGGCUGUUAAACAAUUGGGAAGCAUCCUGAAAACAAAUGUUGCCGCCUGUAAGGCCCUGGGACAUGCCUAUGUCAUUCAACUUGGACGCAUAUAUUUGGAUAUGCUGAAUGUGUAUAAAAUCACAUCCGAAAACAUUAUCCAGGCCAUUGAGGUGAAUGGUGUUAAUGUCAACAAUCAGCCGUUGAUUAAAACCAUGCAUGUGGUUAAGAAGGAGACGCUCAAUUUAAUAGCCGAAUGGGUAUCGCGUUCCAAUGACAAUCAAUUGGUAAUGGACAAUUUUAUACCACCCUUAUUGGAUGCCAUCCUGUUGGAUUAUCAGCGCUGCAAAGUUCCAUCGGCUCGCGAACCCAAAGUUCUCAGUGCAAUGGCCACCAUUGUGCAUAAACUGCGUCAGUAUAUCACCAAUGAAGUACCAAAAAUAUUCGAUGCUGUCUUCGAGUGUACACUGGACAUGAUAAAUAAGAAUUUCGAAGAUUAUCCCCAACAUCGUCUCAGUUUCUAUGAACUCUUGCAGGCGGUCAAUGCCCAUUGUUUCAAGGCGUUCCUCAAUAUACCGCCGGCACAGUUUAAAUUGGUCUUUGACUCCGUUGUGUGGGCAUUCAAGCACACGAUGCGCAAUGUGGCCGACAUGGGUUUGAAUAUCCUGUUUAAGAUGUUACAAAAUCUAGAACAACAACCGAAUGCGGCGCAGAGUUUCUAUCAGACAUACUUUACGGAUAUCCUUAUGCAAAUCUUUUCCGUGGUCACCGAUACAUCCCAUACGGCAGGCCUACCGAACCAUGCCACCAUUUUGGCAUACAUGUUCUCACUGGUAGAGAAUCGUAAGAUAACAGUGGACCUGGGCCCCAUACCGGACAAUAUGAUAUUCAUACAGGAAUAUGUGGCAUCUCUAUUGAAAUCGGCAUUUAAUCAUCUAUCAGAUAAUCAAAUUAAAGUCUUUGUCAAUGGUCUGUUUAAUUUGGAUGAGAAUGUGCAAGCAUUUAAGGAGCAUUUGAGAGAUUUUCUCAUACAGAUACGCGAGGCCACCGGCGAAGACGACUCUGACUUGUAUCUGGAAGAGCGUGAGGCAGCUCUAGCCGAAGAGCAAUCCAACAAACGUCAAAUGCAACGUAAUAUUCCAGGCAUGUUAAAUCCCCACGAGUUGCCCGAGGACAUGCAAGAUGAAUAAAUUAUUAUUGAGUGUGGAUGAAUGGAAUGGAAUGGAAGCGAAGCGAAUGAGAUGAUAUGAGAGAGUUCGGAUGCAAGAAAUAUUUUUUUUUUUUGCAUAAUUGUAAUUUGAUGAGAAUGAUUUAUGAGAUGAGAUAAUAUGAUGAUGAUUAUGAUUCAGAUGUAUGAGUGUUUCUCUCAAUUUGAGAAAAAGUAUAAAUGUUUGUUUGAUUGAAUGCAUAUAA